AUGAGGAACCCACGACGUAAGAUAAGGAGAGCACAACCGUCCGAUGAAAUGGAAAAGGGACCAUAUUACGACUCUGAUUUUGAAGAAAGUGAGUUAGAGUCAGAAUCAGAGAGUGAAUCAGAAAGGGCAUUUGUUGUCGAUGAAGAAUUGGGUGACUAUGAUGCAAAUGAACACACCACUUUUCCUUUUGAUGCCUUUCUUUAUGAUUUGUGCAAUGUUCCUGUUUACAAUAAGAGGGAAAAUGUUGAUGAUGAAGUCAUUAGAGAAGAAGGUCAUUCUGAUAAAGAAAUUGAAGAUGACGAGGAUGAGGUUGAUCAAAAACCAACCAAAUAUAGUGUUCAUGACCCUUCUGUUCAUUGGAAGAAAAUGAAACCACAUUUAGGUGAAAACUGGGAGUUGUUUAUUAAGUUGCUUGUAGAAGACCUUGGCUUAGAGUUAGGUGAAGGGCUGACAAUUAUUUCUGAUCAGCAUAAGGGCUUAGUAGAGGCUGUAAAGGAGAAGUUACCAUUAGUUGAGCAUAGGCAGUGUGCCAGACAUGUGAUGUCUACAAUACACUUAACAUGGAGGGGAGAUGUAUGCCCUACAAUAUUGACAAAGCUGGAUGACUGGUGUAAAGAUAUGAGGUUGUGGAGUGUUGUAGCUAGUGAAACAAAUGUAUUUGAAGUGAGACUAGGAUUUGAGUCUUUUCAGGUGGACUUAGGAGAACAAUUAUGCACUUGUAGAUUAUGGGAAAUAUCUGGGAUUCCAUGUGUCCAUGCAUGUGCAACUAUGAACCACACACAACAGCAACCUGAAACACUGACCAGUUCAUGGUUUUCCAAAGAGAAGUUUGUAGAGACUUACAAAGGCAAUAUCAGGCCUCUAAAUGGUAGUAAAAUGUGGGCCAGGACACCAUAUGCCAAGCCACUGCCAUCACCUGCAAGGAGGAUGCCAGGAAGACCUAAAACCAGAAGAAGGAAACAUGUCACAGAGAAGAAUGGAGAGUACAGGAAGAUAAAGUCUGUUGGAGGUACAAAGAUAUGCCAGAACUGUUGGGAGGAAUGGCAUAACAAAAGAACCUGCAAGAAUCCAACUAAGCCCCAAACUCCAAAGGAAAAGAAAAGAAAGGGUAGGCCAGUGACUAGGGAUGUGGCAAUGAAAAAAACAACAGCAUCCACAAGUCAAAAGAGUCAAAAUAGUCAACACACUCAGGAAAUGGAUGGGCAAAUGGAUGGACAGGCAAGGUGUAACAGUCAAAAAAGGGUAAAGCAAAGGCAUCUCAAUCUGUUAAAGGGAUACAUGAAGUUGCUUGCAUCAGGAUACUCAGAGGAUGAGGUGUAUCAUGUACUAUAUGAACAAGAUUUAGAUGUUGAAGUUUUGGCUGAAGUUCCACCUGUUCUUGAAACUGUGCAUGAAGAAGUUCCAGAGGUUGAAGAAGAUCCAGAGGUUGAACAAGUUCCACAUGUGGCUCAAGUUGACAUUGUACCAGAAACAGAGGAUGAAGGCAUUGCUGAGACACCACCAUCCCAAAGGUUGAUGAGAACAAGGAGGCCUUCAGAGAGAAUUACUAAAAUUCAGACUGGAAUGAAGGCUGUUGGAAAGAAGGUUGCUGGACCAGGUCGAAGUAGGUUGGACCCUGUUUCUUUGGAGUAG